AUGCCACCAAGAAGAUCGCAUAAGAAAUCCAAAGCCGGCUGCCAAAGAUGCAAGCACAGGAAAAUCAAAUGUGAUGAAAAACAUCCUUUGUGUGGAAAUUGUAAAAAGCAUGGCGUUUCAUGUGAUUUUGGUGAUAUGCCUUCAUCACCUGAUUCACCAGCUUUCCCACCUCCAACGCUUGUCCAUCAAAGUUCCGAAGGCUCGGUCAACCAAGCCUCAUCACCGGCGUCUACCACUUCUUCUAUAAUGCCCUUCUACCGGUCCCCUUCAAUGACAGCCAGAGCUCACGGUAACUCAAUACAUGAUCGAUCACUUGAGCUCAGGCUAAUGCAUCAUUAUACUGCAACGACUUCGAAAACUCUUUCUAAUGAUGAAACUCAGGACGUUGCCUGGUCUGUGAACGUACCAUCACUCGCUUAUGACUCCCCAUAUCUAAUGGAUGCUAUCCUUGCCGUUUCUGCUCUACAUUUACGUAUAUUACAGCCCGAAGAUCGAAGUCUUGCACGUGCAUCACAUAGUUAUAUGGCAUCAGCGCUUGCUCAAUAUUCUUCUCUUUUGAGCCAGGGCCCAUCUCAAAGCAAUGCAGAAGCACUUUUUUGUACAGCUGCCCUCAUCGCUUUCCAAGCAUCGGCAUCCCGUUGUGUCGAGAAUGGAAUUGAUGGGGAUUCUGACAGUGGUUACGUCCUACCACUUGCUUGGUUUCAUUCUUUCCAGGGAGUUAAGACAAUCGUUAUAACUUCCUGGCAUUGGUUACGAAAUUCGGCCAAGAUCUUUCCGAUCAUCAAUGGGCAGCCUCCAUUAAUACUAGAUUUUGAUCCUGAGCGCCGAGGAUUCUUUGCUUUUUUACUCGAGGGUAUUGACCAUGUAUCGAAUUCGGAGGAUGCUUCUAUAGAUGCAGAUACAAAGCAGGCAUACGAACAUGCUGUUGCCAUGCUUAACUGGUCCCAUCAAAAACCAGAGCGAGCUCGGAUUCUCAGUUUUGCGGCAACUGUAACACGUCGUUAUAUUGACCUACUGAAGAGACAGGAUCCUCGUGCUUUGGUUAUUGUGUCGUGUUUUUUCGCUAUGACACGUAUCGUUGAUGAUAUCUGGUGGCUCCAGGGUGUAGCCAAAAGAGAAGUGACAGGAAUUUUUAGUUUAUUGCCGGAAGAGUGGUGGCCAAAGAUGGACUGGCCAAUGCGAAUUGCAUAUUUCGAAGGAAGGUUAGAUGAGGAUACAUGGGGUUCUUGUUGGCAUACAGAAGGGACGCCAAAACGGGAAGAAGGAUUCAACGGCAAUCUCAUCUCACACAUCGACAUGUUGGCUAAAAUUAUGAAUGCUGCACCACCACCAGACUAA